GCGUGCUUGCGGGCCGCGCUCUCCGACUCGCGCUUCUUCUUGGUGUGCAUGUGCUUCCUGACCUUCAUCCAGUCGCUCAUGGUGUCGGGCUACCUGAGCAGCGUCAUCACCACCAUCGAGCGGAGGUACAGCCUSAAGAGCUCCGAGUCGGGGCUGCUCGUGAGCUGCUUCGACGUGGGCAGCCUCGUCGUCGUCGUCUUCAUCAGCUACUUYGGCGGGCGCGGGCGGAGGCCGCUCUGGCUCGCCGUGGGCGGCUUCUUCAUCGCGCUGGGCGCCGCGCUCUUCUCCUUGCCGCACUUCAUCUCGCCGCCCUACCAGAUCCAGGAGCUCAACGCGUCCGUGAGCAACGAGGGCCUGUGCCUGACGGGCAACGGCAGCGCCAAGGAGCCCGCCGAGUCGCCGGCCUGCGCCAAGGACUCCGGCGGCAGCGGUCACUCCCUCUACGUGGCUCUCUUCAUUUGCGCCCAGAUCCUCAUCGGCAUGGGCUCCACACCCAUCUACACCUUGGGACCAACCUACCUAGAUGAUAAUGUCAAGAAGGAAAACGCCUCGCUUUACCUAGCCAUCAUGUAUGUAAUGGGAGCGCUCGGUCCUGCAGCUGGAUACUUACUAGGAGGAGUUCUUAUUGGUUUCUAUGUUGAUCCUAGGACAACCAUUUAUAUUGACCAGAGUGAUCCUCGAUUCAUUGGAAACUGGUGGAGUGGAUUUCUCCUUUGUGCCAUUGCAAUGCUCCUCGUGAUCUUCCCAAUGUUUACCUUUCCAAAAAAGCUCCCCCCUCGGCAUAAAAAAAAGAAAAAGAAAAAGAAGAUGAACUCCGAUGAUGUUUCAAGUGAGGAUGAAGUCAUGAAAGAGAAAACAAAUAGCAAAAUACAAGCAGACAAUGCUGUUCCUGCCUCUAUGGGAUUUGGAAAAAAUGUUAAAGAGCUUCCAAGAGCAGCUGUCAGGAUCUUAAGCAACAUGACAUUCCUUUUUGUGAGUUUGUCAUACACAGCUGAGAGUGCCAUUGUUACAGCUUUUAUUACCUUCAUUCCCAAGUUCAUCGAGUCACAGUUUGGCAUCCCAGCUUCCAAUGCCAGCAUCUACACUGGUGUGAUUAUUGUCCCAAGUGCUGGUGUUGGUAUUGUCCUAGGCGGCUACAUCAUAAAAAAGCUGAAACUCGGCGCAAGGGAGUCCGCAAAGCUGGCCAUGAUCUGCAGCGGCGUGUCUUUGCUGUGCUUUUCCACUCUCUUCAUUGUUGGAUGCGAAAGCAUUAAUCUGGGCGGCAUAAACAUACCUUACACCACUGGUCCCACUCUUGCCAUGGCGCACAGGAAUCUGACCGGGAGCUGUAAUGUUAACUGUGGAUGUAAGAUUCAUGAGUAUGAGCCUGUCUGUGGAUCAGAUGGAAUAACRUAUUUUAAUCCUUGCCUAGCUGGCUGCAUCAAUGGUGGAAACCUUAGCACAGGGAUAAGAAAUUAUACAGAAUGUGCCUGUGUCCAAAGUCGCCAAGUCAUUACUCCCCCGACGGUGGGCCAGCGCAGUCAGCUUCGAGUGGUCAUAGUCAAAACCUACCUGAAUGAGAAYGGCUAUGCUGUUUCUGGGAAGUGUGACCGAACCUGCAAUACCCUUAUCCCCUUCCUAAUAUUUCUUUUUAUAGUUACCCUUAUAACAGCAUGUGCCCAGCCAUCAGCAAUCAUAGUGACACUCAGGUCUGUGGAAGAUGGGGAGCGGCCCUUUGCACUAGGAAUGCAGUUUGUUUUAUUACGAACUCUUGCUUACAUUCCCACUCCAAUUUAUUUUGGGGCUGUUAUUGAUACCACAUGCAUGCUCUGGCAACAGGACUGUGGCGUACAAGGAUCCUGUUGGGAAUACGAUGUCACCUCGUUUCGCUUCGUCUACUUCGGCUUGGCAGCUGGCCUCAAGUUUGUCGGAUUCUUUUUUAUUUUUCUGGCCUGGUACUCCAUAAAGUACAAAGAAGAGCAAGUGCAGAGACAGCGGUGGAGGGCUUCGCCGGUGAACACUGUGAGCGAGACGGUAGGGCAGGYGGGACCUCAGCAAAACUAUGCACGGACUAGAUCCUGCCCUACCUUCAGCUGUCGAGGAGAACAGUGUGGAGACUUCAGCGUGGCACAAGGGAUGAAUUGCAUAGCACAGACAUACCCCGGCCCUUUCUCAGAAGCAAUAAAUUCCUCAACUGAAAACGCGUUGGAAGAAGUCACUGCUGAGAUAUAGACCCCUGGCUUGGUAAUGUAAUAUUGAGUU